AUGUUUGCCUUGAAAAAUCAGCUAUCAAAAAUGAAUGAAUAUUCUGAUUAGCUUUUCCAUGAGUACUAUAAGAGUGAAUUCAAAGGGGAAGAAAUACCAGAUAUCUUUCUUGAUUUUAGAGUAGCAGAAGGUAUGAUUGUAAUUAGCAACCCAGACAUACUUUAAGAGCUAUUAGUGACAAAGGGCAAAUAUGUUGACAAGUAUCACAGAGAUAAAAAGUAUUUCUAGUAGUUGGUAGGAGAUUCAGUCCUAUUUGAUAAAUCCUCUGAGUCUUAAGCUAGCAGAAGAAAACGUCUCUCAUCAGCAUUUUACAAAGACAAGAUGACAUAAAAUCUUUAAAUAAUUAUCAGAAAGACUUUUACUUGGAUAGAAGGAAUAAAGGAGGACAUUAAAAAUGGCAAUAAUGAGAGAGAACUUAACUUCAUGAUCAAUAGUCACAUUCUUGAUUGUAUUUUGAUGAGUGUAUUCGGUGAGACUUAGAUCAAGCAAGUAUUUUCUUUGAUUGUAGAUGAUAAGAUUUAAGAAGUAUCUCUUGGUGUAGCUGUUAGUAGAUUAUUCCUGGGCAUGUCAAGGAAAAGUAUGAAACCUUUAAGGCAAUUUACAACUCUAUUUGACAGUUUAUUUAUUGGUUAACAAGAAAAAAUACUUGAAAAAAAUGUUUUUAACUUUAGAGAACUCCUACAAAGACUAAUUGAUGAAAGAAAAGAGAAAAUGAAAGAUCCAAAUUUUGAUGGUGCUGAUUUUCUUACUAUGCUGCUUACUGAUGAUCUAUUUAAAGAAGAUGAAAGCUUAAUGAAAGAUGAGAUUGCAACUUUCAUUUUAGCUUCUACGUUAACAACUACUGCCUUAAUAACUAAUACUCUCUAUUACUAUGAAUUUUUGCCUGAAGUUAAACAUAAAUUAAGGCAAGAAAUAUCUCAAACUAUGAGUUCAGACAGAAGCAAUCCAAUCCCAUUUGAUAAACUAAAGUUGACUCCAGAGAUCUGGAUUUCUAAGUUAGGCUACGAUUAACUUUAAGAGGAUUGGAAAUAUCUUUAUUAUCUCAUUCAAGAGACAAUGAGAAUUGAGCCACCAGUAAGAUCAUCAAUUCCAAUGGAACUAAAUGAGAAAAUACAGGUAUGUGGCUACACUAUUGAAAAAGGUAUACCAAUCACAUGCAGUUUCCUCCUUCUACAUAGAAAUCCAUUGGAAUGGUAAGAACCAACCAAAUUUAUUCCAGAAAGAUUUGAUCCUGAAAGUUCAUAUUUCUUGACUCCAGAUGGUAAAAAGAGAAAACCCUUUAGUUUCAGCCCAUUUUUAGGUGGUAGAAGAAUAUGCUUGGGCAAGACCUUUGCUGAAAAUAUUGCAAAGUGUAUUGUCCCAAUGAUAGUUUCAGAGUUAGAAUUUAGAUUUAAGAAAGAUUAUCAUUAUGAUAGAAAACCUCCAAAGUCUUUUGCUGUUGAGAUAAAUGUUCCAAUUAACUUAUCGCCUAUUCAAAGAAUUUGA